UUAAUGCCCUCCAACUUUGGGCACAUUUAUGUAUUAUGCCUAUAAAAUAUUGUUGCUAGAGCUGCCUCUGUUGGCAGUUGAGUUCAAGCCAGUUGAAUGCCUGACUGAGCCUUUUGCCAAUUUACUAAAUCUUAACAAGUUAGUUUUCAUGUUCUUUUCCUUGAUAUUUCUUGACUGGCCAUGUAGUUAGCCUUUGUGAAUUGAUUGCAGAUAUUAUAUUUAAAAGUUGGCAAAAGAAGAAAAGAUGCAUUAGGACAGCAAAUGAACUAUCAAAAGGAAAUGCAUAAUUUGUAGGGCUACUAACUGAGAAACUUAUAUACAGUAUAUUGUGUUAUUAACAUGAUGGAAUAUGAAUAUGGAUGGAGAGAGCGUCUGCUGUACGUUUGCCAUUGUUCUUAUGCAAAAUUGACUCUUAUGUUGUUUCCGUUUUACUUGAGUACUUGACUACUCUUCUUUUAUUUUGCAAUAAUUGUCUUUUGGGGGAUUUUGGGCUCUUUUCAUAAUUUGCUCUGGAUUUUUGAGAUAUUUGACUUAUUGGAUUGACAAAUUCUUGGUGAGGAGAUCACUUUCUUCUGGAGUUCUCCUCACCAAGAAAGGUGCUAACCUGGAUUACUCAAUAGCAUUUAAAGUUUCUCAAUAGUAUCAGAAUAUACUGGUUAUCCAAUAUAUCAUAUGAGCUUCGUAGAGUAAAUCCCCUUGAUAUGAAAUCUGGUUCAAUUCCCACAGAAUCUAUAGUAUAACCUCUUUCUGAAUCAAGAAGAUCUCCAGGACAAGACGUCUCACCUGUUACAGAGAUGAUCCCAUGGCGCCGUAUCUCAGGUCAACCUGUUACAGAGCCUGAUGAGGCGGCAAAACUUUUUGGGUGCCCUUUACCCCCUCAGAAGUUGAAGCCAGGAAGUUGUUGCCAUGACAAGGAUGAAAGGCUGUUGAGUUAUCAAGCCACGGGUAUGAACCUUCAGAGAGAGAUAUCUUGCAUCCCAAUGAAACCUUUUGAGACAAUCUAGAAGCUCCUGCACCACCUCUCACUAGGUAACCUGUAACCAUUCUCUUAUUUGAUCAGUUACAUUUCUUGGUGUUAAAAGAUAUUUCCUCAAUUCACUGCUGUAAGUAGUCUAGUCUACAUGGCACAAUUUACAAGCAUAUUUUCUUCAAGAAAAAUGGCAGUUGAGAUAGUGUGUUGCUAUGUGCUGUGGGAAAGGUACAAUGGGUGUACUGUUGAAGGAAAAGCAGUAGCCAUUCGUGUCUGAUACUGCUUUUUGGUGCAAACUAACUGAAAUCUGUUAAUGAAGAUAUUGAUGUGAUAGAUGUUACCUUCAGGAGUAGCCUGAGUUGUAUAUAGUUGUUGUACUCACUAGCAUGGGUUUGGUGCUCAGCCAAUUAUAUUAAUAGAAUCUUCUUUACAUACUGCAAAGAAGAAAACAUUAUGCUAGCAAGUUAGGUAAUUUAGAGGUCCAGAAAGGGACCAUUAAUCCAAGAAAGGAGUCCUUCCCUAGUCCAACACUAUAAAGAUAAAUAUAGUUGAUGUCGGCAUGACAUCUAUUGGAAGAAAUAUGAUAAUAGAACGAUCAUAUGUGGAAAAGUUUCUGGACUAGAUGACAUAAACCAAUUUUCUUUUAAUGGUUAGGACCAGUAGUUGCAACUACAUUAUCUGUGUACAGAACACAUGUUACCUAUGUACUCGUCCAAGGUGAGACAUUCUAAUCUCAUUUUAAUGGUUUAGAGUUGACAAUUGUAACUACAUUGAUGGAGCCAGCCUCCUGAAAAUCAUUUGUGCUUAAAAGGUGUAUUUACUGUUGGAAAUUCAUAGAGGAAAACACUCUUAAUAACUCAAAUUCUUUCUUGAAGACGAAUAGAGCUUUACUGCUCUCUACUUCCGUACAUAAUCAAUAAUUUUCUUUGAAAACAAGUGGACUUCUACUAACUUGACUCACAUAAAAUACUACAAAACUUAUGUUUCUUUAUAGGUGAGAAAUAUUAUUGAACAUUGAGACCCUAUUUAUAGACACUAUAUAACUCUUUUUCCAACUAGGACGCUACAAUACAAUCCUUUUAAGUAGGAUUUUAUAUACUAUUUCUAAUUCUAUUCCUAUUCCUAUUUGUUAGAAUUCCUAUUCUCAAUUCCUAUUUUGAGAAUAGGAAUUAUCUAAUUUAACCCAAGAAAUUCUUUCCAUCUUUCUUAUUUCAUGAAUAAAACAAUGCAAUUAUCUAAGUAGUUAAAAAAACAAUGCAUGUAUCUAGGGGCGACAAUCAAAUCCAACCUGUCCAAUCUGUUUAAGUUUGGAUGGGUUAUUGACCCGCUCAUUCAUUAGCUCAACCCAUUUCAAUCCAUUAAAAAUUGGGUUGAUAUGCAACCCGAACCGGCUCUUGAGAGAUCUUGUCAAAGUACCUUUUUAAUUUGAUAUGUUAUAUAUAGUCGUAAUAAAGAAAAAAACAAUUUUAUCAGGUAAUAAAAUAGUUUAAAAGAACAAAUAAGAUAAUUAAGCUUAGUAAAAAUUGGGUUGAGUUUUGACCCGUUAUGUAACCCAUUACCUAACCCGUUUUGACCCAAGCAAAUUUGGAUUGGGUUGGGUUUAGACCUGAUUGUUGUCUUAACCCAUUAUGACCCGCACAAGUUUGGCCCUACCCACCCAAUUGCCACCCCUACAUGUAUCUAAGUAAAAGUGAACUAAAUUGCUCACUCUUUUCAAAAGAAACCUAAUAUGUCUUUAUAAUGGUCCAUAAAGUUGAAACUAAAAUAUCAAAUUAUUCCCCUGAUGUGAUUUGCAAUGCAAUCCAGUCCUGUUAAUUGACUUACGGCCUGUGGUUUGCCUUUAAAUCCUCCGUCAUUUGUUUUUUAGGGUUUUAGACUCGCAUCAUGAAUCGACUCUGUGGGCAAGAGCUGUUUCACAAUCUGAAGUCUGGUUGUAUGCUCGUCUAAUAGAUUACCAUCUUCUUAAUGUACGGGAUGUGGAUCGAACUCACGAUUUUAUGUUGCCUCGUGAUUUGACCAUCUUCUGCAGGGUCCUGUUUGACAUGUUCUCUGUUUUUUUGAUGAUCUGCUCAUCGGUCUGUCAGUUGAUUUGCGAUUGUAAGUGUGGCGAUAAAUGUCUUUAAUUCUGGCGAUCUGAUCUCGUGCUAGUGAUUCCGAUGAAGACUUCUUCGACAACCAGCUGGUAUGAUUCCAUUUCCCAAUUUUACGUUAGUGCAACUCUGAGAAACUGAUGAUCGUGAUUUCGAACAUUGAUUUUAGCGACCAAUUAACUAUUUGCCACUUUCAAUAGAUUGAGCUUCAAAGGAAGCUAAUACCACUAUUAGAAAAUUGCGAAGUAAUAACUAUUCUUCAUAAAAUCCUAAAUUUUAUUACCCAAAAAAUAAGGACUUUUUUUUGAAAAAAAUAAGAUCAAUAUGGAGCUCAACUUCUUAUAAAACAUACCUCUGGAAGUCGAUUGAAGAGCUCCAAGCUUGGGGAGAAAUCAAAAUGAGAGAUGGAGAGCUUGAAAGAGAACAGAGCAUGAGUAUGAUUUUUUUUUUUUGAUAAAGAAGAGAGCAUGAAUAAGUUGAAUCUUUGAAGAGAAAAAAACAGUUCUUUUUUAGGAGAAUAGAAAAAAACUUUCAUAUUGGAAAUAAAAUCAGUCAUCAUGUCAUCUCUCAAUUCUUUUUGCAAAUGCAAACCAAAAAGAUAUGCACAAUAUAUAGGAAAAUGGAGUUGAAUAACUAAAAAGAAAUACUUUAUCUAAUUUCAAAUAAUUGUAACUCUAGAAUGAUAUUGUAUGUGAAUUGGUGUUACAAGUAUGUAAUUAAAUAUUAAAUUAAGUGUCAAUUAAAAUAGUAUAUGUGAAUUUUAAUGACAAUUUGGAUAUAAUAGUUUAAAGAGGUAAUGCCUAUCUCUUGCUUCUUGUUGUAAGCAUGUGAAUUUGUUCUCAAUGUUUUGAGAAUAAUUUAAUGGUUCAUUACAUAUCCGUAUGUAUGAAUAAGUUCUCCAAAUCUAAACAUUUCUUAUUCUUCACAUGAUGAUGAGUUUACAACUAAACUACAUUUACAACCGAGAUUUUCCUACUAAUCAAGUGUUGCAAGCUUGGUCAGUUUGAAAUAGAUCUAAUAUGUGUAUGUUUCUUUAUAGUUCCAUUUUAAGGAAAUGUAGUAUCUACUAACUUAAGUGAUGAAAUUUGUAGGAAAGAACACGAGGAUUUAUGGAUUCUUGAGUAUUUCUUCCAUUUUAAUGGAAUCGAUCUUUAAUUAUUAUCCUUGUUUAGUAAUUUAUGUAGAUUGUUUCUCUGUAUAUUAUGCUAUAGAAGUUAAUAUUUUAUAUGUCAUAAUUGAUAAUCAAUUAAUGUUUUCAUGUAUAUGUAAUAGUUCUAUAAAAGUUCCAUAUUUAUGUUUUUUUUCGCCAACUAUAUAUUUGCUUUAGGGAAAUCAGCCUAAAUUACAUAGCACUUACCCGAUAUCUCUAACCCAAUCAACACCUCCACAAACCCUCCACCUUGAAGACAUACUAGUAGUUGUACUCCAUGGAAAGGCAGCAGGAACUCAUGGUGGGAGCAGACCGACUCAGCGAUCUACCCGAUUCAAUCCUACUUCACAUCCUCUCUAUGUUGCUGAACAAUAAAGAAGUUGUGAGAACUAGUGUAUUGUCUGAACGAUGGCAGUUUCUCUGGAAAUUCGUUCCAACAUCACUCAAUUUCAACUUCCCGAUUAGUGACAAUGAAAAUGUCACUCGUGAUUACCUAGUUUCUAUCCACAGAGAACUUUAUUAUCGGAGGUCUUGUGAAAAAAUUCGGAAACUCAGAGUGUGGGGCCUUAAGUAUGAGGAGCGUUAUGCUAAAGAUGUUGAUAUAUGGGUUCAUUUUGCGACUAGACUUGCUGAUAUUGAAGAUCUUGAACUUGGUCUUCUUACCAAUAACCGAAGAUAUGAGUUUCCUCAAUUUGCAUAUAAAACUGCGUCGUUGAGGAAUUUGGUGUUAUGGAAUUGUCGGUUGAACCCUUUUGGCAAUGUUAACUGGAGUAGUCUCGUUUCUCUUUCAAUUGUUUACAUGGGAUUCACAGAUGGUGUCAUGGAAAAGGUAUUAUCUGGUUGCCCUAACUUGGAGUACUUGGAAUUGGAAAAAUUUUCAGGCAUACAUCGUUUGGAAAUAAGAUCUAUGAAGUUGAGAGAGUUGAUUAUACGCGACUAUAAAAAUGAGAAUCAUGACCUUGGGCUCGAAUUAUUAGCCCCUUACAUUCAAAAACUGCAAAUUUUGGGGCUGUGCAGUGAGAUAUGCAUCAUAAAUGUGGCAUCACUUGUGACUGCGGUGCUUUGUUUUGAUUUUGAUUUUGAGGACGAAGAACAAAACUUGGAGAAGGAAUUUAGGUUUUUUAAGGAACUUCUUCACAGCGUUAUCCACGUGGAGAAUCUUAACUUGGGAUCUUGGUGCAUAGAGUGCUUGUCCAUCUUGGAGUUGACAGGGUGGGAGUUUCCACCAUCAAGCCGGAAGUUCUUAGAACUUGGUGUGGAAUUUGAACAGUUGGACUUCCCUGGAAUUUGCUGUUUUCUGCAGAGCUCACUGGAUCUUGAGACAUUGGUCAUUGAUUGGUACGAUGUUGAAUUUGGAGACUUGCUGUCAAGGUACAUAAAUGAGGAUGAACAGAUCAGGAGGUUUGAGUCCCAUAAUUUUAAUGGCUCAUUUCCAUAUCUGAAAGACCAUCAAGAUCCUUAACUUUUAUGGAUUUGUGCUGCCAUUGGUAAAAUAUUUGCUGAAGUAUGCAAUUGUGCUAGAAAAGUUUGACAUUGUUGCUGUAUACCAAGGGAGUGAUGUGUCUACGCAUUAUGCUACAAUGGCACAAGAGCUCGCAAGCUAUCCAAGAUCCUCUCCGCAUGCUUCGGUUGACUUUUCUUAUUGAUGACUUUGGUCCCCUACCGUUUGUUAAUAUCGCAACAUACUUGACAUCUAUAACUUUAUGUUUGAAACUGUCCGGUUUGAGCUGUCAGAAAAAGCUUGGAUUGCACUUGUCAAUAUCCAAGGAGGUGUUAGUAGUUCUUCAUGUCUAAGUAACAGUGUGUUUAUCCUCUAAUAGUGAUAUGGAAGAAAGCUUGCUCUAA